AUGAACAUGUACUCCAACCUCGUCCAGCAAUGCUUCGACCACUGCGUCAACGGCUUCGAGAGCAAGUCGCUCACCUCGCGCGAAGAGAGCUGCGUUAUGCGAUGCGUCGACAAGCACAUGAAGGGCUCCCAGCGAUUAGGCGACCGCUUCCAAGAACAAAACGCUGCCAUGGCACAACAAGGUGGCAUGGGCGGAAGAUAA